GAUAGAAAGUUAGUCCAGGUUAGUAAAUCGUACACACACACAGAUGCCAGAUACAUGGAAAAGAGAAAGAAAUUUUCCAUAUGGACGAUAGAGCUGCACAAUGCAAGGAAAUCGGUCAGACGGAAAAUUCGUCACGGGAACGAGAACGCGUGUUUAUCAUCGUUCCGUUCCGGAAAUCCGUGAUUAUUAUUCCAAGCGACUCUCGCGUUAAUCCUCGCCGAUCGACGGACGUCUCCGUUAAGUGCACGGUAAGCAUGGCCGGAGUAUCGCCGCAACUACGUCGAUGGAUCGGACACGUGAUUCUAGCGAAGAAGACAGUGCGGAAAGCCGUGCACAUAGUGCAGCGCGUGUGCCAUUCGCGGCGUGACUUUUUGGUUAAUCGAAAAAUGAACGUUAGUCUGCCGCUUCUUAGGUGAACGAAUUUUUCUUUAGUUCCAGUAGAGACGUUACAGGAUUAGUUGCUGCGUGGAAUGUUCCCGGGAUUGGCGAAAAACCGACGCCUGUAUGCGUCGAAAUUCACGUUUCGAAUUUUAUUCAUUAAGAGAUACGAGAAUGUGUGUGAGUGUGAGUGUCACACUGGUCAACACGGAAAAUGUAUUCUGGAUCUAAACCGUUAAUUGUACACAGAAAAAAAAUAUUUUCCAAGUAAAAUGUUUACUUUGAUCCAAAUAAAAUUUACUUAAUCCAAGUAGAAUUUUGCUAAGGAGCAUUGAAGUGAUUAUUUAUUUGAAUCUAGCGCUGUUUCUUCUGUGUGGUUAAUUUUGUGGCAUUGGUCACAAAUAUAACAGUUAAAAUCAAAACUCAGCUCUCAUUUCCAUCAUGUAAUAAACAACAAUAAAAAAAAUUUGAUAUUUGAUGCUUUCGUGGUGUGGAAAAAAGGGGACAUCUUCAUCUCUUUUAA